CACACAGGUCAGUUCCGUUCUGAAGCGCUGUUGUCCUUAAUCUGUCAGGGAAGAGGUUCCUGCUAGACUGCAUGCGGUUGUGGUGACUCUGCCCUUCCUGCGUGGCUCCAGCCAAGGCCUAUGGAGAAUUCGGAUGGCAGGACUGAGGUGGUCCUCCUGGCCUGCGGGUCCUUCAACCCGAUCACCAACAUGCACCUCCGGCUCUUUGAACUGGCGAGAGAUCACUUGCACGAAACAGGGAAAUAUAAAGUGGUGAAAGGGAUAAUUUCGCCCGUCGGGGAUGCGUAUAAGAAGAAAGGCCUGAUCAGCGCCAGACACCGGGUGACGAUGGCCAGGCUUGCGACAGAAAGUUCCGACUGGGUGGAAGUAGAUGACUGGGAGAGCAGCCAAAAGGAAUGGCAGGAGACUGUCAAAGUUCUCCGAUAUCACCAGCAGAAGCUGAAGCGUUCGGAUCUUGCCAACAGCUUUGAUGAUGCGGCUCCUUUGAGCAAAGCAGGACGGAAAAGGAAACGCGAAUCAGGCAGACAACUCCCCGUUGGCCGGAAUCAAUCACAAACCAAAGGUGUCCCCCAGCUGAAGCUCCUCUGUGGGACAGAUAUUUUGGAGUCCUUUGGGGUCCCCAAACUCUGGAAGCCAGAAGAUAUCACAGAAAUCAUGACCAACCACGGCAUGGUCUGCAUCUCCAGGGUGGGGAACAAUGCCCGGAGAUUCAUCUACGAGUCUGACGUGCUGUGGAGGCACAAGGAUAGCAUUCACCUGGUUGAGGAAUGGAUUACCAAUGAUAUCUCGGCCACCAACAUCCGGAGAGCGCUGCGGAGGGGCCAGAGUGUCCGAUACCUGAUACCUGACGUGGUUCAGGCCUACAUCAAGCAGCACAACCUGUACACCGCGGAGAGCGAAGAUCAGAAUUCAGGGGUCACCCUAGCUCCUCUACAGAGAUACACAAGGAAGACUACAAAAAAUUGAUGGAGUGGAAGCUGGUCCUUUAGGGCAAAUGGGGAACUGCCCCACCAACCUCACCCUUGAUUCCUUCAAGCCCCUCUCGCCGUCUUUCUUACAACCAGUCCAGAGAGUGGCCCUGGCUGUCAACUUUCUCCUCCUCUUUAGUCUCCUUUUGAUCCUUGUAGAACUCAGCUUGGAGGAGGGUGGGGACAAAACUAGAAUUAGUUGGCUUGGCCUGCCAUUGGCUCUGGCUCAACCAGUCAUUGGCUCUGGCUCCACCUACUGUCUGGGCUGCCUACAUUUUGCCCCACCGGUCUUGAUAGGCACCAGCCACCACUGAUAUUGAACUGUCCAUCUCUUGAUGCGACUUACGAGAGAGCAAUAUGCUUGGCGUUUUAUUUUCUCCUGACAGCCUGAAUUUUUUUUUAUAUAUAAUUUUUUUUAUUCAAGAUUUCAAAAACAAAACAAAACAAAAAAGAAAAAAUUAAUAACUAAUACAAUAAAAAAUAUUGACUACCGAUUUGUCGUAAAUCAGCUAUAGGUCUAUAGUAUAUAACAAACCUGUCUCUUAAUAUAUUACAGAAUCACUUUCCUCCAGUAGUUAUCUUGAUUAAUCAUUAAAUCUCAUUAACAUCAUUUCAUUUUAUUCUUUCCACAAAAAGUCAAAGAGAGGUUUCCAGUCCUUGAGGAAUAUAUCUAUCGAUUUUUCUCCAAAUAGGCAUGUCAAUUAAUCCAUCUGUUCAAGUCUAGUAAAUCCAGUAAUUUCAACAGCUAUUCUUCCAUUAUCAGUGUUAGUUCCAUCUUCCAUCAUCCAUCCUUGCACCCAUAAUCCUGCUGUCAUAGUCAUAUAGUAAGAGUCUGAUAGGAAUUUCCUUCAUCACAAAUAUUUCCUUGCCAUCAAUUCUGACUGUGUUACUGAAAUAUUGUUGUAAAGUCAUAUCUCUGUUCCUCUUUUUUACGGAAUGCACUAACACAUCUCUUGAGAGUUUUUCCAUUGUCACAUAUCUGGAAUUAAUUCUAUAAACUUUCUCUAUUUCAGGUUCCAUCAGAUCAUUCCAGUCCAGGAAUUUUUUUGAAACAUUGAUAAAUUUAUCUCUGAUAUCUUCUCCAAUUCCUUCAGAGACAGCGCUGAAUUCCAAACAAUAAUCUUUGUCACUAGGAUCCAUCACAGCCAUAAAAUUCAAAUCUUUUUCCAAUUCCACAUUUGAUAUAUCUAUUCCAAUCUCCAGGAUUUGCACCUUCUCUUUAAUUUUUCUUCCAUCUUCUGUUACUUGUCCAGUUAUAUCUUCUUUUCUCAUAGAAUCCUUUAUUUCUUUCAGCUCCUGUUUCAUUUUGCCAAAUUCAAUUUUCAUCUCUUGUCUGCCCUGUCUCAAUUCUUGUUUCGUUAUCUUAAUCUCAUCCAUUAUUUUCUGAAACAUAUUUAGAGAGAGAACCCCUUCCUGUACAUCCAGGGUCUCGGCCACUUUCUUGAUUGUCAUUCUUAAGACCAGGAAAAAAAAACCCCUUCAAUUUCCAAUAUAGCCACUAUUCCCAAGCAAAGAGCAAUUUAUUUCUUUUUCCAGCAACAAAGGAGUUAAUAUUUCAAGCCUGUUGACAUCAUCUUCUAGACAGCACAAACUGCCUUAUCUCUUAUGUUACCAAGAGUGCAAAACAAAUUUAGUUCACAGCAUCAAAAUAGUUAGUGGCAUAAAGAAUAAGCAGAUUCGUCAAAAUAAAGUAGACCAGAAAAAAUAGUCCCAGACUCAAAUGUUCAUAUUAAUUAGAUUUCCUCCUCAGAUUAGAUGCCCCUCAUCCGUUUGUAUCUUUAUAAUGCUCAAUUCCAUGCCAGCUUUUUGCAAUAAAAACAAAGAUAAGCUAUUUCGAUUUUCUUCCUCCUUAAUUCCGUGUAUAAAAGAGAAAGGUAUAACUCACCCAGGGAUUCUUUGUUGCUGAUUCUUUAACAAAUCUCUUUUACUGUAACAAUAAUAAAAAUGAUAAGAGUAGACAGAAGGAUGCUUGCCUGUUAGAAUCCGUUUUUCUUUAAAGAAAAAAAAAGUCUUGCUUAGUCAGUUUGAGCUUGCUUGAAUUCCCUGACUCCGUCAGACGCUGCUGGCUACACCUUCGUUCAUAGGCGAUCCUGAUGAAUUCCAGUCCCCAACAAACACAACGAAGCUUCUGUGGGUGAUCUCUUCGUUUCUCCCUUGCCUGGGAGAAAGUUUUUACCAGUCAAAAAAUUAUUCUGACUAGUUUUAAAACUGAAAAAGCUUCCUCUGAGACGGGAGCUCGUCUCAGAGGCAGUCACAGGCGGAGCAAUCCUCCUGGGAAGUCACCUGACAGCCUGAAUUGAUGGCUCUUUCACUUGUCAUUGCCACCAGAGCUAUCCCCGUGCAUGCCAGAACUGGGGGAGGGGAGGGGAGGGGGGGAGCUUAUGCAUAGUUGCCAACUGUCCAGUCAAAACACACAUCCCUUGCUCCUGUGCCGUUCGCAUAUUUUCUUUUGCAGAAACUGGCAGUUGAGUGUUUUUUUUCCACUGCACCAUCACCUGCUAGUGUCUGCAGAUGGAGCUGGCUUUAAAGGUGCAGGAACCAGUUGCUGGACAAUAAGCUGGCAACCCCAGCUUUAUGAACCUGAAUCCCAAGCCUUCUACUGCGUUGCAGUCUUCCACUUGCAGGUAUGAACACCAGGCCUGAUUGUAACGCACCAGCUCUUCCAUUCUUCGGAUUGUAUCCAAUGCUAGUCCUACUCAGAGGAGACCCAUUGCAAUUAACAGCAUGACUAGUUUAGCUCCAUGGAUUUCAGUGGGUCUAGUCUGAGUAGAAGUACUUGGAUACAACCCUUCUUCUCUAGGGGGAUUUGGGCAUCAAGGCCUGGAGAAAUGGAGUACGGGCACCAUGUGUCACUAUGGGAAAAUGUUACAGGUCGUUGGCAUAGGCUUGAUAGCAGGGUUCAUUGCUACCAACGCCUCCUCAUCCUAAUGCAGCUUGAUUAGUGCUUCCAUUUUCAUAUUUAAGGUCAUAUUUAAAUAUUCUAUUAUCAUAUUUAAGGUCAUAUUUAGCUGGCAACCUGUGGCAGACAAUGGAGUAGAAGGCCUUGAUCCUGAUUCCUGAUACACCCAAAUGGCGGCUUUCAAAUGGGAACUGGAAGUGAGGGUCACACAUCUCUCCAUUCCAGCCUUUGCCAACCUGGAGUCCUCCAGCCUCUUUGGACUACAACAAAAAGCUGGCUGGGGCUGAUGGGAGCUGUAGUCCACAGAAGCUGGAGCACUCCAGGCUGGCAAAGGCUGUUCUACUGCUCUCAGAGUUCCGCAGAUAUGUCUUGUUCCAGUUUCCUUUCUUUCAAGUACUUGCCUCUUUUUAUGGUAUGCUGUGACCAGCGGUGCUCCAAAAGGGGGCGGAGCAUGCUGCCGAUGUGGGCGGAGCCCCGUGAGGAGCAAUAUCCUCCCCUAGGAUGUGUGACUUUUACAUGAAGCAUAUGUCUUUGGAAGACAAAAAAAAAGUUUGCUGCUCUACUGAAUCCUACCUCCUCCUUUUCCUAGUACCUUUGCAUACAGAGUCACGUAGCCCAACCCUUUGUGUGUUUCCUCAAAAGUAAGCCCCUUUGCAUUCAACAAGGCUUGUUCCUGAGCAAGCGGGCUUAAGGUUGCAGCUUUGGUGCCUUAUUUUCUGAAGUUCUAGAGUAGUUUUAAGAAGUCUGGAGUGGUCUCAGCUAAGCUGUUUGCAUGUGUGAGAGACCACGAUUUCCUGGUAAUGCGGCCUCUCCUAAAAAAAAUUAUUCUGAAAUGCUGGAUGUGAGAUUAAGUCCCCAGCGCUCACAGAAGUGGUCAAACUGAGUUUGGACUGUACCACUUUAGUCAUACAGGUGGGGGCUAACACAACUGAUUACUCCUCCAUUCAAUUUUUUUAAAAAAAAAUCUCCAUAUAUAGAAAACUAACUCACCAGGGAGAUGACAGUCUUUCUCCUUGAGAAACUAGUUUUCUGUGUGCAGUGAUUUUUAUUUAUUUGGGGGGUUUCUUUUCAUAUAGAGGGGCACUAAAUCAUGUGAGCCUCACUUGCAGCCUGAAGCGGUCCAGGGUCCACCACAAUGAGGACUAGGACUAGACUUUAGGAGAGGCCUGCACAAUUUUGGGCAUUGCAGCUUGACAAAAUCCUUCUAGUAGUUGCCAUUGCAAGCAAGCAGCAAGACCAGGAAGUUUCUUAGACCAUACAUGGCUGGUGGUGAGCCACCUUCAGCUCGAUGUUCUGUGAGUUAUGCAGGCUUGUUUCAAGCCCUUUGUGGGCUGCUAAGCACCAUUUUGCCAACCUUGGGCUAUGCAAAUAACAAAUGGGACAAAGGGAUAGAAAGGGGACGUGCACUUCUAUCGAAAUCUAGUAUCUUGGCAGCAAAGAGCUGCCUGCUUUAUUACUUGAAUAUUUGAUUGACUACUGUUUAAGUGUGCAAACUGGCCAUACAGCCCCAGUCUGCUCCUAAUGCUACUUGGAAUUGGGAGCGUCUCGUAAGUUCAUAGGCUCCUCCAUUCUCCGAAUCAUAUGCUUCUUUCCUCUUCUCUUCCACUUGUGCAUUUGACCACCACCACCCUUUCCCAACUAUGGUUGCAACUCUGGCUUGCAGCUAGCUAUGAUUACUAUUAACUGAACAUAUCUCACUAAACCUGACUGAAAUUAUGUGUGCACCAGUCUUAAUCCUAACAGUGGUUAGCUCAAGCCAGUGUUUGCCUACCCAGCUGUAACCAUGGUUGCAGUCCCUGACUUGCAGGUAGUAGCUGUGAUUAGUAAGAUCAGUGCACAUGUGACACUAACCAAGGUUAGCAUGUGUGCAUGAAUCUUAAUACUAAGAAUCUUAAUCUUAAUACUAAGAAUCUUAAUACUAAGAGUGGUUAGCUCAAACCAGAGUUUGUAUACCCAGUUCUGACCAUAGUCACAAACUCCAGUUGGCAUGUAGCUAUGGUUAGCAUUAAGAUGCACAGGUAACACUAGCAAUGCACAUGUGAAACUAGCAAUAUCUGUGUACCAGUCUUAUUGGUAACCAUAGUCAGCUCAAACCAGCAUUUGCCUACCCAGUUUUUACAAACUAAAGUUUUCAGGUAGCUAUGGUGAGUAUUAAAAUCAGUGCACAUCUAACACUAACCAUGGUUAGUGUGUGCAUGAAUCUUAAUCCUAACCGUGGUUAGCUCAAGCCAGAUUUUGUAUACCUUGUUCUAACCAUUGUUGCAAACUCUGUGUGGCAGGUAGCUAUGGUUAGCAUUAAGAUCAUGGCAUAUGUAACAGUAACCAUGGUUAGCUCUGAAAAGGAAGGAAAUAAUAAUACUCUCAGGAGGUUGCUCCCAAUCUCCUAUAGAUGGUUAUGAGAACGGACAGUGUUACUUCAGCACUAAUGCAUAUUGGCAAGUGCUGUUUGUGGCUUUUGCAUCUCAUCUUGAUCUCAUAACUGUGUUGAUUCAGAAUUCCUCACAGGAGAGGAAAGGGAGAGGGAAAGAAAGCAGUAAAGCUUUGGUCCUCUUAAACUUCCAUGACUUGUACAUCAACAGAACAGAGUUGAAUUUUUGCACCUUUUUCCUGACAAUGUGAUAUGAUUCAAGAAUGCUGGAAAGAAGCUACAGGAAUUAUUAAAAGAUAUUGCAGGAGAUGCUGUAGAAUAUAAUGCCCCCCAGUCCAGUGGUAUUAUAAAAUGAGCUGGAAAACUGCAUGAAAAAGAAAGACAGAAUAUUAGCAAGUGAAUGUAAUUAGCUGGAGCUAACAUGUUCCUUUUUUAAAAAAAUAGGAGGAAAAAAAGGGCAGCAGAAAAAAGAAAAUAGUAAAAGCACCAAUGUGUAAGCAAUCUGCAAUGAUUACAGUUAGACAAGGCAAUAACGUAUUUAUUGAAUGUGGUUUUUUAAGACCGGGGGGGGGGGGAAUUAUUACAUAGUGGAAAAAGAACACUCCUCAAGAAAAUCUACAAACAUUAUCAACAUUAUAGGCAUAAUACACAAUAAUUUCAGGUGUCUUUUAUUUUAUUAAGUUGCUGAGUGUGCUUGCAUAUCAUUUAAUGUUUUUCUCCUUUUUUAAAAAAGGGGAGGGUUCUAGCCAACUAAGUUCUACUAAGAGUAACCCAUUUAAAUGAAUUAGUUAUGUCCAUUAACUUCAGUGGGUCUACUCUGAGUAGAGCUAGUAUUAGCUAUAACCCAAAGAGUUUAAAGCAGGUGCUUUGGCCCUCCAAAUGUUACUGAACUCCCGUCAGCCCCAACACUCAUGGCUAAUGGCCAAAGAUGAUGGGAGUUGUAGUUCAGCAACAUCUGGAGGGCCAAAGGCUCCCCACAGCUGGUUUAAAUGAAUUAUUAACAUCAGGAGCAGAACAGAGCUAAGAGUUCUACGUUUACACAGUCAUUUUCAUUGCAGAAAUGCACUUUGUCCUCCCCCUCCGCAGCAACACACACAACCAACCCAUUAACAUCAUAAUGCUGUAGUGUGAGUUUGUAUGUAUGUACAUGUAUGUUCCUGCACUUUAUCUCUGUGCUGCCAGAGAAGCGGUGUGCAUGAGCCAGCAGAUCAACAUAUGACAUUUUGGCAACUUCCAAUAAA